CCUCUCGCCUCUGUCCAUCCAUCUCCCGGGGCCCCACCUCGCUCCUUUGUGCCCGCCCUGCUCUCUCCGAAGGACCCUGCAGUGGACAUGGGUGGGGCUCUGGGGCCCGCCCUGCUGCUCACCUGGCUCCUGGGCGCCUGGGCGGGCCUGGGCCUGGGGCAGGGCGAGCAGGCUGUGACGGUCGCCAUCGUGUUCGGGAGCUCCGGGCUUCCGCAGGCCCAGGCCCGGCCCCGCCUCACCUCCCAGAACUUCCUGGACCUGCCCCUGGAGAUCCGGCCGCUCACCGUGGGCGUCAACAGCACCAACCCCAGCAGCCUCCUCACCCAACUCUGCAGCCUCCUGGGGGCCGCCCGCGUCCACGGCGUCGUCUUUGAGGACAACGUGGGCACCGAGGCGGUGGCUCAGCUGCUGGACUUCAUCUCCUCCCAGACCCACGUGCCCAUCCUUAGCAUCAGCGGGGGCUCUGCUGUGGUCCUCACCCCCAAGGAGCCGGGCUCCGCCUUCCUGCAGCUGGGCGUGUCCCUGGAGCAGCAGCUGCACGUGCUGUUCAAGGUGCUGGAGGAGUACGGCUGGAGCGCCUUCGCCGUCAUCACCAGCCUGCACCCGGGCCACGCGCUCUUCCUCGAGGGCGUGCGCGCCGCGGCCGACGCCGGCUACGUGGGCUGGCGGCUGCUGGACGUGCUCACGCUGGAGCUGGGGCCCGGCGGGCCGCGCGCGCGCACCCAGCGCCUGCUGCGCCAGCUCGACGCGCCGGUGCUGGUGGCCUACUGCUCGCGCGACGAGGCCGAGGUGCUGUUCGCCGAGGCGGCGCAGGCCGGGCUGGUGGGGCCUGGCCACGUGUGGUUGGUGCCCAGCCUGGCGCUGGGCAGCACCGACACGCCCCCCGCCGCCUUCCCCGUGGGCCUCAUCAGCGUUGUCACUGAGAGCUGGCGCCUCAGCCUGCGCCAGAAGAUCCGCGACGGCGUGGCCAUUCUGGCCCUGGGCGCCCAGAGCUACCGACGACAGCAUGGCGCCCUGCCCGCGCCUGCCGGGGACUGCCGGGGUCAUGCUGGGCCCAUCAGCCCUGCCCGGGAGGCCUUCUACAGGCACUUGCUGAACAUCACCUGGGAGGGCCGAGACUUCUCCUUCAGCCCCGGUGGGUACCUGGUGCAGCCCACCAUGGUUGUGAUCGCCCUCAACCGGCACCGCCUCUGGGAGAUGGUGGGGCGCUGGGAACACGGCGUCCUCCACAUGAAGUACCCGGUGUGGCCUCGCUACAGCGCCUCCCUGCAGCCGGUGGUGGACAGCCGGCACCUGACCGUGGCCACGCUGGAAGAGCGGCCCUUUGUCAUCGUCGAGAGCCCCGACCCCGGCACGGGUGGCUGCGUCCCCAACACCGUGCCCUGCCGCAGGCAGAGCAACCACACCUUCAGCAGCGGGGACGCCGCCCCCUACACCAAGCUGUGCUGUAAGGGCUUCUGCAUCGACAUCCUCAAAAAGCUGGCCAAGGCGGUCAAGUUCUCGUACGACCUGUACCUGGUGACCAACGGCAAGCACGGCAAGCGGGUGCGCGGUGUGUGGAACGGCAUGAUCGGGGAGGUGUAUUACAAGCGGGCGGACAUGGCCAUCGGCUCCCUGACCAUCAACGAGGAGCGCUCCGAGAUCGUCGACUUCUCGGUGCCCUUCGUGGAGACCGGCAUCAGUGUGAUGGUGGCACGGAGCAAUGGCACCGUCUCCCCCUCGGCCUUCCUGGAGCCCUACAGCCCCGCGGUGUGGGUGAUGAUGUUUGUCAUGUGUCUCACCGUGGUGGCCAUCACCGUCUUCAUGUUCGAGUACUUCAGCCCCGUGAGCUACAGCCAGAACCUCGCCAGAGGCAAGAAGUCCGGGGGCCCAUCUUUCACCAUCGGCAAGUCCGUGUGGCUGCUGUGGGCGCUGGUCUUCAACAACUCGGUGCCCAUUGAGAACCCCCGGGGCACCACCAGCAAGAUCAUGGUCCUGGUCUGGGCCUUCUUCGCUGUCAUCUUCCUCGCCAGCUACACCGCCAACCUGGCCGCCUUCAUGAUCCAGGAGCAGUACAUAGACACCGUGUCGGGCCUCAGUGACAAGAAGUUCCAGCGGCCUCAAGACCAGUACCCGCCCUUCCGCUUCGGCACGGUGCCCAACGGCAGCACGGAGCGCAACAUCCGCAGCAACUACCGGGACAUGCACACCCACAUGGUCAAGUUCAACCAGCGCUCCGUGGAGGACGCGCUCACCAGCCUCAAGAUGGGGAAGCUGGACGCCUUCAUCUACGACGCGGCCGUGCUCAACUACAUGGCGGGCAAGGACGAGGGCUGCAAGCUGGUCACCAUCGGCUCCGGCAAGGUCUUCGCCACCACGGGCUACGGCAUCGCCAUGCAGAAGGACUCCCGCUGGAAGCGGGCCAUUGACCUGGCGCUGCUGCAGUUCCUGGGGGACGGAGAGACCCAGAAGCUCGAGACGGUCUGGCUGUCCGGCAUCUGCCAGAACGAGAAGAACGAGGUGAUGAGCAGCAAGCUGGACAUCGACAACAUGGCGGGGGUCUUCUACAUGCUGCUGGUGGCCAUGGGGCUGGCCCUGCUGGUCUUCGCCUGGGAGCACCUGGUCUACUGGAAACUGCGCCACUCCGUGCCCAGCGCCUCCCAGCUGGACUUCCUGCUGGCUUUCAGCAGGGGCAUCUACAGCUGCUUCAGCGGGGUGCAGAGCCUGCCCAGCCCCGCGCGGCCGCCCAGCCCCGACCUCACGGCCGGCUCGGCGCAGGCCAGCGUGCUCAAGAUGCUGCAGGCGGCACGCGACAUGGUGACCACGGCGGGGGUGAGCAGCUCCCUGGACCGAGCCACGCGCACCAUCGAGAGCUGGGGCAGCGGGCGUCGCGCGCCCCCGCCGUCUGCCUGCUCGGCCCCCGGGCCUGCACCCUGCCCAUGUUCGCCCACUCCUAGGGCGCUCCCCGAACCGAGCCCCAGGGUUUGGGAUACGCCUGGCGGGAGCCGUGCCGCACUAGGGCGCAGGGGCCCGCAGCCCCCGUGCCGCCCCCCGACGCCCAGGCCGCAGCCGCUCGACGUCCUCCGGGUGUCCUGCCGGCCCACCUGGGAGGUACGGUGGCCGGUGCCGGCCGGGCGUGGUGGGCGGCGCUUCUCGGCCUCCGAGCGACGCACGUGGCCGGAGCGCCCCCUCUCCCCCGCGCGCUGCCGCUACAGCUCCUUCCCCCGGGCCGACCGGUCGGGACGCCCCUUUCUCCCACUCUUCCCGGAGCCCCCGGAGCCGGAGGACUUGCCGCUGCUGGCGCCCGAGCAGCUGGCCCGGCGGGAGGCUCUGCUGCGCGCCGCCUGGGCCCAGGACCGGCGCCCGCGCCACGCCUCCCUGCCCAGCUCGGUGGCCGAUGUCUUCAACCGGCCCUGUCCGGGGCCUGUCGGGGGCAGCUGCCCAGCCUGCUCGUGCCCCAGCGGGCGCCUGCCCUGUGGGCGCCUGGUGCAGGCACAGUCCAUGCGGCUGCCCUCCUACCGGGAGGCCUGCCUGGAGGGCGUGCCCACCUGGCGGCCCAGACAGCACACCUGCCUGCACGCCCACGCCCACCUGCCAUUUUGCUGGGGGGCUGUGUGCCCUCAUCUCCCACCCUGUGUCAGCCACAGCCCGUGGCUCACGGGGGCUUGGGGGCCUCCGGCGCAUGGGGGCAGCAGGACCCUGGGGCUGAGCACGGGCUACAGGGACAGUGGAGGGCCGAGAGAAGCCGCCAGGGGAGCCUGUGGGACACAAGACUUUCCGGGACCGUGCACCUGGAGGCGGAUCUCCAGCCUGGAGUCGGAAGUGUGAGUGCCAGGCGCUCUGGUGCCCUGUCUGGCACUGCCCAAAGGCUGGGGCUCUUCCGGCAUCUGCUGGCCCCUCGUGACCCGUGAUGUCUUCCAUGGCCACUUCAGUGACCUCAGCAGCCUAGGUCCUGGUGUGAGACCCAGCCUUUGCUGUCCCCUUGUGCCGCAUCCCACUCACCCAGCCUGGAGGCACAGGAGCAGUGGGGUCAGACUGCAGGAUCUGCCUGCCCGGAGUCUGCCGAUCCUUGGCCAUGGCUGCUGCGGCCUGGGGCGUGGAGGCCAGAACUUGGGGUUGAGGCGAGGCCAAGCCACUCCUGCUCCACCCACUAGAGAGAGCACUGGGACAAUAAACCCACCUUU